AUGGCUCGUGCGAUAGGGGAUAGGAAAUCACUUGCUGUCAUCAAUGGAGAUCUCCAUUGGAACGUCAUCAAACUCAGAAAUGACGCACCACACUCAUUUGGCGUAUGGGGCAGAGGUCCCGGAAGAGCAGCGGGAGGGGGAUAUAUACUCCGCAAAAUCCGUUGUCUCAGCUCCCUGCACGGGAAGAAGGGCCACAAGACAGUGGCCUAG